UCUCCUGUUACCUCUUAUGAUGGUGGUCCCAUCACUGCCACAGUGACAGCUACUGUCACUGCUACUAGUCUAGUUGUGACUGCAUCUGAUACACACAUCUUGAUGGUUUCAGUCCCCAGGCCAGUGGUGAUAGUAUCUGUAUCAGGAGAAAAGCAGGAGCUAGUGUCUGGGUCUAGUCUCUCGCUCUCCUGUUUUAUCCAGCCUCUUUCUGUGGACACCUCCACCACUGUCCACUCAAAUUGGAGCACUCCUGGUGGUAGAAACAACGAACUCAAUGCUGAGAAUGAAAGUAGUCCACAGUUGGAUUUAUCCAGCAUAGAGACAGCAGAUAGUGGAGAGUAUAUACACCUGUUCAGUCAGAGUGACUGACUCCACUAAUAGUCUGUAUAUACUGGACAGCCCUCUAGCAUAAUUAUAAUACAACAAUGAUCACUGUCA